AUUAUAAGUGUUUUGUUAAAUAAAUUCGAUUUUCAAACACACAAACAAUUCGAUUGCAAUUUUAUUUAUCAAUUUAUUUUCAAAUGUAAUGAAAUGUUUGCAAUUUGUUUCACCGAUUGAGUCAUCAAAACAAAUAUUAAAACAUAUAUUUUGAUUGAAUUUUUUAUUUUCGUUUUGUUUAUCCAUUUAUUUAGCGAUAAAACAAAAAAUAUUUAGAUUUUAAUUCAAUAGUUUGUUUGGAUUUGUUUUUUGUGAAACAUUUUUUUUUUUGAUUACAUAAACAUGAUGACCACAACAACAACAACAAGUCGGUAAUGUUGUGACCAAUCGAUCGAUUAAGCUAUCGGUGAAAGUAAUAACAAUAAUAACUGCUAUAAUGGUAUCGACGAUAGUAGCCUCAGUGCGGGCACUGAUGCGAUCGUUGGCCGUAACAGUGCCGGUAACCAUAGUAGUGACCGAUUGUUUUGGUUAUAUGGCCAAAGUUGACGGCUGGUCAAUGCAGCCGACGUUCAAUGCAUGCGAAUCGGACGCUCCGGAUGUGGUGUUGUUGUCGCACUGGUCCGCCCGCAAGUUUGACGUAAAACGCGGUCAAAUUGUGUCACUUGUGUCGCCCCGAGAACCCAAUCAACUCAUCAUCAAACGGGUUGUCGCUCUCGAAGGCGAUACAGUAGUGACGCGUCCCCGAUAUCGUCACCGGACUAUUAUCGUACCGAAAGGUCACUGUUGGGUUGAGGGCGACAAUUCAGACAAAUCCAUGGACAGCAAUACCUUUGGUUGUGUGCCAUUGGGUCUCAUAUCAGCCAUUUGUCAGUACAUAAUAUGGCCGCCAAAGAGGUGGACCAAAGUGGAGCCGUCACUGCCCGCCGAUCGCCAGUACGUCCACUAUUCAAACGACAAGUGUUUGGUGGCGUUCAAUACGUUUGACGACUACAAAGAUCUGGACGACACCGACGGUCUCAGUCUUAUUGAACACCAGUAGUGGACUGUUAUUAUAAUUA